CGCAGGCAGGAUUCUACACCAUGGCUAUGCGGCGCCGGGAAAGGCACCAUGAGAAAAGAACGUCGGGUGCGAAUAGUAAAGUGCAUGAUCAACGAGGACUGAUCAAAAGGUGCUUCGAAGUUUGUGGAUUGCCAUACGUGUAGCAGGAUGGCCCAGAUGUCGGAUUCGCGGAUUCUUGGUGGGAUGUGCUUAUGGUUAGCUGCCAUAGAUGUUCAUGCAGGUAUCACAUCAAGUGCAUAUGGAUUUGCGUCGAGGCAUGAGACCAGACAGAAAGUAGAAAGGCGAGAACGUAUGUUCAAUGUAAGAGAGGCUCUUGCACUCGACGAACUCGGGCGGGAAGCAACGAUUACCCCAGCGAUACACAAGCCGAACGGAAGUUGGGUCCUGCCUUGUUAUGAGCUCGAUAGGACAGGGUCGGAUGUGAUACCGCCUGAUCAAACCCAGCGGUGAAGCUGAUGAAGUAGGAGAGCCGAACAGCUUCAAGAAGAGAUGAACAGGUUCGACUGGUACAAUCUUCGCCUUUGGUGGGCAUCAAGUCUCUGAGGAGUCUAUCGUCAGGCUCCACCUACUGGUAGCCUCAUCGUCGGUUUGGCAGUCUGAGUCGUAG